UCUGCCAGUGCUGGUCCUGCUGCUUGCGCUGUUUCCUCGUCCCUAUGGCCGUCCCGCCGCAGCUAAGGGCUCUGCUCCUUGCGGUCAACGCACUGUUGCGCAAGCGCCGCUACCACGCUGCGUUGGCCAUGCUUAAGGGCUUCCGGAACGGGGCAGUCUACGGAGUCAAAAUCCGGGCCCCUCACGCGCUGGUCAUGACCUUUCUCUUCCGGAGUGGCAGCCUCCAGGAGAAGCUGCGGGCCAUCCUGCAGGCCACGUACACCCACUCCUGGAACCUGGCCUGCUUUGUGUUCGCCUAUAAGGGGCUCUGUGCCCUGCAGUCCCACGUGCAGGGCGAGACCUACCAGGUGCACUCGUUCCUGGCUGCCUUCAUCGGGGCCUUGCUGGUGUUUAGAGAUAACAAUAACAUCAACAGUCAGAUCAACAUGUACCUGCUGUCACGACUCCUGUUUGCCCUGUGCCGCCUGGGCGUGGAGAAGGGCUACAUUCCCGAACCCAGGUGGGACCCUUUCCCUUUGCUCACUGGGAUAGUGUGGGGGCUGGUGCUGUGGCUCUUUGAGUACCACCAGCGCACUCUACAACCCUCACUGCAGUCCUCCAUGACCUACCUGUAUCAGGACAGCGAUGUAUGGCACGAUAUCUCAGACUUCCUCCUCUACAACAAAAGCCUUCCCUCAAAGUAACGUGCUCCCAAGGUGCUUAUGGGGGCAUCUGCACCCGAGAUUGACUCCAUCGGUGAAUCCUCCCAGUGGAUCCUUCUUCGCAAGAUCAUGGUUCUCAGACUCCAGAUUCUAUUGUCCCAGGGUUCCAUUUGCUGAAGCAAAAGCACUGAUUUCCAAGUCCCGUUAGGUACUCCCAAAUGGUGGACCAAGUGGCGAUUCGGGCUGUGGAGCCUUGGACAUGAUUCCAGCUCUGCUGCUGACUUCUGUGAGACCAGGGAAAGACACCCCCUCUGGGCAUCAGAGGAGGGCCCUGAAGUCUCUUACUGGUGUGUACGGUCUUCAAUCAUUCUUAAGUAACAGAGUGCUCCUUGCUGGUGGGCAGUGGGUUGCAAAUACGUUUUUAGAAAAUAUUAUACUCCUUGCUCAGGUGUUCUAAUGGAGAAGCUCUAGAAUUCCACUGUCCAGUGGAAGCACAAUGGGAUCCAUAUAUGUAAUUAAAGCUUUUCUUAGUAGCCACAUUAAAAAAAGUAGAAAGAAACAGGUGAGAUUAAUCUUAAUUAUAUAUUUAAGCCAAUAUUUCUAAAAUUUUAUCAUUUUAACAUGUAAUUAAUAUAAAAAGUAACAAGCUAUUUUACAUUCUUUUUUCUAGUACUAUGUCAUCAGAGUCACGUAUGUGUUGUAUGCUUAUAGCAUGUCUCAAUUUGGGCCAGUCAUUUUUCAAGUGCUCAGUCAGCCACAUGUGGCUAGUGGCUACACAGAUGUAGAACACUUCUGUCCUUACAGAAAAUUCUAGUGGACAGUACGGAUACAGAGCUGGGGAUAUGGGUUUGAGUCCCCACUCCACCACUAUGUAACCUUGGGGAAGGUACUUAACCUCUCUGAGCCUCAGUUUCCUGUAAAAUGAAGAUAAUCAUAAAACACAGCGGGUGUCCUCAUUGGACUUGUAUAACUACAACAGCUGCUAUUACUACUAAUUACUUCCAUUUAGUGAGCUCCUACUUCCUCCCGGUGUUUUGCACAUAUUAUUUUUAAUCCAUGCAGUGACCUUGCAAGUAUGUAUUCUGAUCCUCAUUUCACAGAUGUAGACACAGGAUCAGAAAGGGGAAGUAACUUGCUGAAGGUAAUACAACUAGUAUGAUGGCCAAAUCAGGGUUUGAACCCAGAGCUGUCUGAGCUCAAAGCCCGUGGGUUUUUUUCAGUGCCUUAUGUUAAAUUUAGAAACCUAAGCUAUGCAAACGUUAGCUGGUUAUAGGAUCGGUUCCAGGCCGGGGGUGCAAACUCAGGUGCCCACAGGGACCUGGCAAGGGGCAUAAAUGAAAAUGUGCACUAGGGAGUGGUGGGGACAUGGUCAACUGGAGACUCACGGGCCAGUCUGAUUUUAAAAAUCAGUGUGCUGGGUAAAUCAAACAGGUCUCCAGGAAGAUUUGGUCCAUGGCCCACCAAUUUGAGACCCUUGGUCUAGUAAGAAUACUUCAGUCUCUUUUUAUAUUUUAGAAAUUACUAGUAGAAAUGUGCACAUGAGUCACUGGUGAUCUUAUUAAAAUGUAGAUUCUGACUCAGUGAGUUUGCGGUAGGGCCAGACAUUCUGCACUUCUCACAGGCUUCCAGGUGCCGCUGGUGGUGCUGCUGGUCUAAGCCAUACCUUGAGUAACGAGGCAGUAGGGAAUGAUAUGCAGCCAGCUAUUAUCCCUUGUUACAAGUGAGGAAACUGAGUCACAGAGCUGUUAGGUAAUCAUGGUGGCAUCACAUCUGAUGCCAAUAGCAGUGUUCUCAGCCAUGGUGUUGUACUACACGUUUGGAGAAGGUGAUCUGGAAGGUCUCUGAAUUCACUCUGUGGAGGCUGAAUGAGAUCCCAAGGUUACGCGGGGGAGGGGGGUGGUCAUCAGCAAGCAGAUGCUGGGGGUGCUGCACCCAUAUCUCCUCCAAAUUACCACUUCACCGCACACCAGCCAACUUUUCCACCUGCCACCCCUGUGUCUCUGCCUGAAGGCCCUCUCUUGUUACUGGCAUCGGCUCCAUCGCCCCACAGCAGGUCUGGAAGAUUACCACAUCCCAGGAGCAGCCCUCAACCAAUGACUGAUGAAUGCCCCCCCCCCCCCCCCAUUAUCACCGGGUGGGGUAACUCCGAGGCACGUGCUCCACACUGGCUCCCAGAGUUUCCCAGCGGGACUGAACUUGGCCUGCCCACAGUGGUCACUUGCUUGAUAACACUCCCUUCUCUGUCUCCCAUCCUCAUGCCCCCACGAGUACUUCCUGGGACCAUUUCCCAAAUAAACCACUUGCACUGAAA